UCCCCACCUAUAAGGGACAUUGUUUACCUUUGUUUUGUUUACAAGGCUGAGACCUGGCGAAGAUGCUACUAAUUCGUGUUUGAAAUGUUGCUGCCAUAAUUAUCGGAUGUCGGUGGUGAAUGCGUCGAGAGAAGGAUUCGGGAGAGACAAACAGGAUGCCGAGAGUCGCCGAAGACCCUAAAUAGGUUCGUUCGGUUCGGGGAAGGAAAAGACAUUUGGGUUGCUCCUGAGGAAGGCGGACCUUAAUAAGCCCGAGCCCUUUCGAAAGCCCUUUUUGAAUCGCGGCAGAAGGAUGGUGGUAGGUCCAGUGACAGCCAGUGCACCAUGAAUGCCACCAACUUGUACGUGACCACCUGUCGACUGGUGAUGCACGCGCAGCCCGAGAAUCGCGACACAUGGCUCGAGCUGUACAAGUUGCUGCCGUACUUGCGUCAGUCCCUGUCGUGCACUGUGUGUGGCAAGUUACUCGUUGAGCCCUACACGCCCACGGAGACCACCUGUCAGCACCAUGUGUGCAAGAAGUGCUUAGGGGGCAAGAAGCGCUUGAAGCCCACCUGCAGUUGGUGCAAAGACUACGACAUGUAUGUGGAUAAUGCCCAGAUUAAACUGUUGCUGCAGUGCUACAGAAAACUCUGUGAAUAUAUUAAAUUUACUCCUAUAUACUGUAAGUUAAAUCCGAUAUAUAACAAUGGAGGCCAGUUGAGUUUAAUUGAAAUGAUUGACGAAGCCGUUGGGAAAACUAACAAUAAUAAGUGCGAGGAAAUUAAUAGCAUUCAUUGUGAUGAUUACGAAAGCGAUACGAAGGAAAAUAUAUUGACCGACAUAAGUAACGAGGCUAUUUCUGUGGAUGAUACACACAAAGAAAAUACACUUUUUGGUAACGGUACAAAUGAGACAGAGGUUUCCUUGCCUGAGGUGAGUGAACCUAGCAAAGAACUUUUAUUGCCAGAAACCAGUGUUAGUGAAGUGAACAUUGCUGUCUCCCCCAUCAUACCUUCUCAUAGCGAGUGUAAGCAAGAGGUCAGACCUCCACCACCGCCAAUACAAACUAUACCUACGCCACACGUUUCUUUGGUGCCCUCUUCAGUAAGUUUAGGAGUGGUUCAAGGUCCAACUCAGCCGACAUGUACAGCUGUGCCCUCGCCAGUGUCCUCAUCAACCACUGGUUCUUUGAGUGCUGUAAAAACUGCUGUUCCUACUCAAACACCUAUUUUGCCUGUACAGCAUCACCAUUAUUCUUCCCAGGUAAUACCGACAACCUUGGCGGCUCUACCGAGUGGUACCUCAGGAUGUGGUUUUGCACCGGGAACCAUUUUUUCUAGUACAAAAGGUCUUGUUACACAUAGUGUUGUAGGAGAUAUGCCACCCUAUCCACCAAAACAUAACAAUUCACCUGUUAAUAAUGGUUCGUCCUCAAUGUAUUCUGUCAUGUAUGCAGAUGGAGAUAGUACAAAAAUAACUAUCAAAAGAAAGCCACCAGGGAUGGAUGCUACAGCGGCAUGCACCAAUAAGAGUAUUGGUAUUCCAGUAGAGCCCGAAGCAGCCAUUCCAGACCAAGAUUUAAUAAAGAAGCCAAAACCAAAACCCAAGCCAAAGCCAAAACGAAAGGGGUGUCGCUGUGGCAAUGCAACACCUACGCCGGGAAAACUAACCUGUUGUGGUCAGCGUUGCCCGUGUUAUGUGGAGGCCAAAGCAUGUAUUGAAUGCAGAUGUAGAGGCUGUAGGAAUCCUCAUCGUCCCGGUGGUAAGAAGGUGCGACCAGUAAUCCCUCAGUUAGCAAACAUUCAAAUUCACCAAGUCCAACCAGUCCAUGGGCGCAGUAGUAGUACAGCCUCUAUGACAACCACUACCCCAACUGCAACAACUACUAGUACUGCAAAUACAAAUUUGAUACCCACCAGUAUAUCAUCUCCUGCUAUUGCAAACACAUCUUUGCCACAAACAAUACGUGCUGUUCAAGCCAUGCAUGCCGUUCAAGCUGUGCAUGGUGUAAAUACAACUGUACAGGCCAUGGCUGGCGGAGUUCAUCAGUUGAUUGCAUUAGGAGGAGGGGUUGUACAGACUGGACCUUUGUCACCUGGUCUGGGAGUUCAUCCUGUUUCUGGCCUUGCUAUGAAACCUGUCAGCCUAGCAUUAACUUCGGUGCCAGCACAACUCCUCAUCAACGACGAUAGAUCAACAUCGGCUAGUACGUCGGAUAACAGUGAUGUAGACGUUGAUAUAUAGCAUAGAUAGAACCAUUUGUUGUGGCAUUGGAACAAUACCUAAAAUUCAGGACAGUAUUUACGUGAAAAAACUUAAUAUUUUUGCAUAAGUUUUUUGCAACUACCUAAAAUGACCCUGAUCCUCACAAAAGCAAUUCUGUUUCAGGAAUAUGAAGCUCAGUAUAGUGUGGGUCUAAAGUUUUGGGAGAGACAAAAAAAAACCUGAAAAAUAUAAGCUUUUAUACCUGACAGUAUUUAUUCCCCACAUUCCUGUAUUGUAAAGUGACAGCAAUUAUUGGUUUUUAAUUUUAGAGAUCUGCUAUCAGCAAUUGGACAAGAUGAGCCAUGCAAAUUUAUUUUAGCUUAUUCUUAAAAUCUGUAGAAUUUAUUUUUUAUUGGUACAGUACUCAUGCAUACACAGUAGUUUAACACUGUAUGAGUAAUGCAGUGCCAUUGUAGCUACUAUAAAUUACAGUGUAAGACAGUGUUUAAGUUUAGAAUUUUGAAAUUACUCAUAAUGAAGUCCAAAACAACAAAAAGAUGCAUAUAAAUUUCAUAUUUUCUUGAUAAUGCAUUUGAUACUGUCUUGUUUAAGGUGAAAACAGCUCUUUAAUUUUGAAAAUGAUAGAUUUGGGUAAUGUACUUUAUAUCUCACAAGUAUCUCAGGUCUUGCUGUUGUAUCUAGUAAUUUAGAUAUUAACUUUUGUCAUGUAUUUCAAUUCAGGUUAUUUGAAGUAGCCUACCAUCAUUUUUGAUUUAAUGGCUGGAAAGUAAUAUAUCUUGUUUAUGCACUGUAAGUUAUCAUCUAAUGAUGCUUAUGGGGCUUCUCAUUGGAAAUUAAAGAAAAAAGUGCUUGUGAGUCUUCCGUAAUACAGUGCUCCAAAUAACAAUGCUUUUUUCAAUAUAUUCCAAAUUCUAGAACCUAUAGAGAAUGAAAAUAAGAUGUGUUUCUUUUCAGACAUUCUUCCUGACACGUUAAAUUAUUUUUGUAAAACUUCAUUUAUGAAUGUCAGUGUUUUAUUGAUUGGCUCUGUCCAGUAAAAGCCUUUUAUUGUUCUA